GCAGGGCCCUGGGGCACGUGGACCGUCAGGCUGGGCUCCGGGCUUCGGGGCUGCUGGGGGCUGGACGGCCUUCUGUCUGCUGACCACGUGUAUUCUCUGAGUGCAGCCCCGUGCGGGCAUCCCUUGUGCCUCAGGGCUGGCCCUGAGUCUGCACACAUCGCCCCCGGCCCCCAGCCGCCCUCUCUCCCCGCAGGGAUCCCGCCCCGGGUGCAGAGCCCCCUGCAGAGGCUGGGAACGAGGUGCAGUGUGGCCUCCACUCCGCCUGUCUUCCCUCCACAGAGCUGCGGCUUUGGCCUUGCUGACUGCUCGCCUGCUGGCUGGCCGGCCCUCAGGGCCACCAGGCACCGCCCGCCUUCUUCCCGGGCAAGCCAGAGCUCAAGCGCUGCAGCAUGGCGCGCGGCUGCCUGCAGGGCGUCAAGUACCUCAUGUUCGCCUUCAACCUGCUCUUCUGGCUGGGCGGCUGCGGCAUCCUGGGCGUGGGCAUCUGGCUGGCGGCCACGCAGGGGAACUUCGCCACCCUGUCUUCCUCCUUCCCGUCGCUGUCGGCCGCCAACCUGCUCAUCGUCACCGGCGCCUUCGUGAUGGCCAUCGGCUUUGUGGGCUGCAUCGGGGCCAUCAAGGAGAACAGAUGCCUCCUGCUCACCUUCUUCGUGGCGCUGCUACUGGUGUUCCUGCUCGAGGCCUGCGUCACCAUCCUCUUCUUCGCCUACACUGACAAGAUUGACAGGUACGCCCAGCAGGACCUGAAGAAGGGCUUGCACCUGUACGGCACCCCGGGCAACGUGGGCCUUACCAACGCCUGGAGCAUCAUCCAGACGGACUUCCGCUGCUGCGGAGUCUCCAACUACACCGACUGGUUCGAGGUCUACAACGCCACGCGUGUCCCCGACUCCUGCUGCCUGGAGUUCAGCGAGAGCUGCGGGCUGCACGCGCCCGGCACCUGGUGGAAAGCGCCGUGUUACGAGACCGUGAAGAUGUGGCUCCAGGAGAACCUGCUGGCCGUGGGCGUCUUCGGGCUGUGCACGGCGCUGGUGCAGAUCCUGGGCCUGACCUUCGCCAUGACCAUGUACUGCCAGGUGGUGAGCGCAGACACCUACUGUGCAUAGCUGCCAGCUGCCUGCCACCCCGCUCUGCCGCCAAAGGAUGUCGCCCACCCAGGAGACGGCUAUGCCCCCGCCUGCCUCUCCUGCCAGACCUCUCACCAGCCCGGGCUUGGGAGCCCCUGGGACUCCCGGCCUCAGCAGUGCCGUGCCAAGCAGGCGGGGUGCUGGGCUCCGCGGGGGCUUCUGGCGCUUUUCUUGCCCGAGUGCUCCCCAGGGCAGUGUUUCCCCACCAGCCCCGUCUGGGUUGGGGUGGGAGGUGAGGGGCUCCCCGCUGGCCCUGGUGCUGGAGACGGGCCUCAGGCUGCUCCCUCACACCCUGCAGUGGGGCCGCGGCAGGCUCCAGGCAUGUCUAAUAAAGUGUGGGCAGCAGUCCCCCUCCGUGUAUCUCAGUGCCUGACCCGGGGGGAGCCACACCCAGGCGGGCCCUGGGGGCCGUGGGCCCUGCACCCACUCCCACCGCCUGCUGCUUGGAGGGGGGCUCCGGGACAGGCGCGGCCCUGCCGCCUGCACGGGUCGGCGAGGAAGCCCGGAAGGUGGGCUCCAAGCUGUGGCAGAGGGGCCCCGAGCCUUGCUGACCCAGCCGAGGCCAGUGCGGUGGGCACGCCAUCUCCAUGCCCCUGCUCCUGACUUGGGGGUGCUCCCCCAGCCUCAGGGCCGCCACCUCCCCCAGGGGUGUCCUCCCGAAACCGAGCUCAGCCCCAUCUUUUCCCUUUGUUCUGUUCCCGUCUUGUUCCUGAAAGCUUCAUCCCUACGUGUCACUCGUGGGUUUUGUGAAUAAAGUGGGCUGUCAGGAUGGAA